AUGAGCCAUUACAUAAAGCAAUACAUGCCCAAUAAACCCCACAAGUGGGGGUUUAAAUUAUAUCUCAUCUGCAGUCUACAAGGAUAUGCUCAUAGAUUUGAGGUUUACAGUGGAGGGGGCUCCAAAAAUAACAUCUUACCAGGUGAGCCAGAUUUGGGAGAGUCUGGCAAUACAGUCAUCAGGAUAGCUAGAAUGGUACCACGCAAUGUGAAUCACAUUAUAUACUUCGAUAACUUCUAUACUUCUGUGCCUCUCGUCACCUAUUUAGCUAAGGAAGGAAUUUUCUCACUGGGAACAGUAAGAGUAAACCGAUUGAGAAACUGCAAAUUGCCUGAAAAAAACACUAUAAUGAAAAAGAACGUACCCAGAGGAUUCUAUGAGGAAAACGUGGCGACUGUGGAUGGUAUUGACGUAAGUGCUGUUGUGUGGAAAGAUAACAAGCCCGUUAACCUUCUUUCCACUUACGUAGGAGCAGAACCAGCAACCACAGUCACACGCUUUGAUAAAUCGAAGAAAGAGAGAGUUGCUAUUCCAUGCCCCAAAGUAAUCAAGGAGUACAAUGCCCGCAUGGGAGGCGUGGACUUAUUAGACUCAUUUAUAGGUCCUUAUCACAUCACAAUGAAGAGCCGCAAGUGGACGAUGUGCUUAUUUUAUCAUUUCCUGGACCUCGCAGUUAUAAAUUCAUGGGUUAUGUUCAAGAAGGUAAAUAAUAUGAAAGGAAAUGAUCAACUUCUCAAUUUGGGUACAUUCAGGCUAGAACUUGCUGAAACCCUCUGCAAAUUGGGUCUACCUGCAAAUGGCGCUAAAGGUGGUCGACCUAGUGGGAGCACAAUACAAAGAGAACUUGUAAUGAAGAAGUUCUGUGGACCAGCUCAAGCAAUUCCUUUGAAAGACGUCAGAUUGGAUCAGACAUGUCAUUGGGCAGUUUGGCUGGAUAAAGCAGCAGAGGUGCAAAUUCCCGAAAUGUUCAGGCUUUACAUUUAA